AAAUCUUUAUUGAAUGUGAUUAUUUUAGGUUAACUUCAAGUAUGCCAACGUCCAUGCGUUUACGAGAUUUAAUCAGACAGAUCCGUGCUGCUAGGACAGCUGCCGAUGAACGUGCAGUUGUUCAGAAAGAAUGUGCUUAUGUUAGAUCAACUUUCCGCGAGGAAGACGAUACAUGGAGGUGUCGUAAUGUAGCAAAACUGCUAUACAUUCACAUGCUGGGUUAUCCUGCACAUUUUGGACAAUUGGAAUGUCUUAAAUUGAUAGCAUCACCAAGGUUUACAGAUAAAAGAAUUGGUUAUUUGGGAGCUAUGCUUCUAUUGGAUGAAAGACAAGAUGUGCAUUUAUUAAUAACAAAUUGUCUAAAAAAUGAUUUAAACAGCCAAACUCAAUUUGUUGUUGGGUUAGCAUUGUGUGCCCUCGGUGCAAUUUGUUCACCGGAAAUGAGCAGAGAUCUUGCUGGUGAAGUGGAGAAAUUGUUAAAAUCAUCAAAUGCAUUUAUAAGGAAAAAGGCAGCUUUAUGUGCAUUUCGCAUUAUUAAAAAAGUUCCAGAAUUAGGAGAAAUGUUUGUUUCUUCUACACGCUUAUUAUUAACAGAGAAGAAUCAUGGGGUGCUGAUUACUGGUGUUAUAUUAAUCACAGAAAUGUGUGAAAGCAGUCAAGAUACAUUAAAUCAUUUUAAAAAGUACAAUGAGCUUGUUCCAAAUUUAGUGCGUAUCUUAAAAAAUCUAAUUAUGGCGGGUUAUUCUCCUGAACAUGAUGUUUGUGGUGUCAGUGAUCCUUUCCUUCAGAUAAAAAUACUCAGGUUACUUAGGCUUUUGGGCAAAAAUGAUGCUGACGCUAGUGAAGCUAUGAAUGAUAUUCUUGCUCAGUUUUUUCUCAGGUACGUGGCUUUAAAUACUUUAUUAAGAACUGUUCAAGCUGAUUAUAAUGCUGUUCAAAGACAUCGCACAACAAUAAUUGAUUGUUUGAAGGAUCCCGAUAUAUCUGUUCAAAAGCGUGCAAUGGAACUUUGUUUUGCUCUUAUUAAUACUAAUAAUAUUCAGAGUACAACAAAAGAGCUUUUGGUCUUUCUUGAAAAGGCUGAUCCAGAGUUCAAGUCACAGUGUUCCUCUAAUCUUUUUAUUGCUGCUGAAUUAUAUGCACCUAACAAACAGUGGCAUAUAGACACCAUGAUUAAAGUAUUAGUAACUACAGGGAAUUAUGUUCGAGAUGAUGUGGUUGGAAAUUUUAUACAACUUAUAUCCGAAACAAGUAGUUUACAUGCAUAUACAACCCAACAGUUAUGGAAAAACAUAUCAGGAGAUUUGGAUAAUAAUCAACCUUUAAUACAAGUGACUACUUGGUGUCUUGGAGAAUAUGGCGAUCUUUUGAAUUCUACUGAUGGGCCAGAUUUAGAAAGUUUAAAUGUUACAGAUGAUCAAGUUAUUGAUUUAUAUGAAAAACUUCUAACAAAUAUUCAUAUGACACUAGUAACAAGGGAGUAUGCUAUUACAUCUUUGAUGAAACUCAGUGUUCGAUAUUCAUCUUGUGCUCCGAGAGUUAAAAAAUUAAUUGAUAUUUUUGGUGGUCACAUGAAUGUGGAGUUACAACAGAGGGCAGUGGAAUUUUCAACACUUUUCUCCAAGCAUGAUCAUUUAAGGGCAAGCCUUCUGGAACGUAUGCCCCAAAUUGAAAGCAAGAAUGGCAGUUUGCUGCAGAAUGGUCAAGCUACGGAAGAAGAACUUAAAAAUGGUAUCGUUGAACUUGAACCUUUAUCAGAAAAGCAACAGACUCCUGAUUCGACUAUACUUUUAGAUCUUCUUGGUGGUUCCAAUGAAUCUCAGAUAAAACCUACAGAAAUAUCAAAAAAUUUAGUUUCUGGACCCGGAAAUGGAAACGAUCUAUUAGAUUUAUUAGGUGAUGUGGACAUCACUUCAUUAAAAAAUCAAACUACCAUUUCAUCAUCUGGGGAACUUUGUAAUGUAAUUGAUGGAAUUAUUAAUUCAAAAUCUUCCAUGAAUUAUAUUCCAUCAAUGACAAUAUUUGAAAAGAAUGGAUUAAAAUUGGAUUUUAAUUUUGAAAAACCAAUUGAUAAUCCACAAUUGGUUGUAAUAUAUUUGACUGCAAGUAAUCAAACUGCAAAAGUAAUGAAUGAUUUUCUUUUUCAAGCAGCAGUUCCCAAGACAUUUCAAUUACAAUUGCUUCCUCCAACGAGCAGUGUCAUCCCUCCAAGUAAUACUGGAAAUAUCAAACAGACUAUUAAAGUUGUAAAUCCCAAUAAGACACAGUUACGAAUGAGGAUAAAAUUGUCAUACAGUAUAGAUGGAAUUUUAGUUCAAGAACAAACUGAAGUGAAUAAUUUUCCGCUUUGUACAUGGCAGUGACAUAUGUUAUAUAUAAGCUAAAAAUAAAGAUUUGAUGUAUAUUAGAUUUAUAUGAAAAAUAUGCUGUGCACAGACUGUUGACAGGAAAAAUUUAAAAAAACAAAAAAAAAAAAAGAGUGAGAUUCAAGGAGUUCUCGACGUUGCUUCCUGAUCACUUCACACAAAGGACAUGGACAUUUCAUAGAUGAUAGAUCUGAGUGAGAAAGUUUUCAAAACAAAUGUCAGUUCUGUUUUUUUCAUUCUGUUAUUUGAAAGGAAAGGUUGUUUAGUUGAAUAUUUGUUCUAAUUGUGAAUUCGGAUAACUUAUUUUAUAAACUGCUAUAACAAGAAUGAUUCUAAACAGAAAUGGCACAAAUGUACUUACAAUUAUUUGCUUUGUAACUAUUGUUAGAUUAAUGUGUUUUGCAUUGUAAAAAUCUAUUUUUUCUCUUAUGCUGAAUCUCCUUUGGAAGGUAGAAGCUGAAUUUGUAUUUUAGAUCUGGUUUUUGUUUAUUUAAUAAUUGCUUAGAGAGAUCUGAAUAAUUUUUAAUUAAAAAGAAAAUUCUCAUUUUGAUGCACUUUAUCAAUUAAAAAUGUACACAAUGAAGU